AUGGAGAAGUUGUGUCCCUUAGAAAAUGAUUGUUUUAUAUUUCCUUAUAAGGAUAAUAAAUAUAUUAAGAAGCAUUUAAAAAAAUGUCCAUUAUAUAUAAAAAACUUGUACUUACAUUACACCCCUUUUUAUUUCCCAUAUAUUAAUGAUAGUAAUACCUAUAUAUUGAAACAUAAAGAUGUGGAGAAUAUGUUAAAUGAAUAUUAUAUAUUAUUCAAUAAUAUAAUACUAGACACCAUAAAAAAAAAAAUGAGUAUACCUAUAAAAACCUUUGAUAAUUUUUUAUAUAUGAAAUAUAAUUUAUUACUCAUAUGGUAUAUAAAAUAUGGAAAGGAUGUUUUUUUUUCCAUGUUAGAAAAUGAUAUAUAUAAAGAAAAGUUGCAUAACAAAUUAAAUAAUAAUAUAAAUAAAAGUAAUAUUGUGGAUAUUAAUAUAGAAGAGCAAAAUUUAUUAUUUUAUAUUCAUAUUAAUAAAUUAAAAGAUAUCAUAUGUAAUAAAAGAAACAUAUAUAACAAUAAUAAGGAGCGUAAUCCGAAAUAUUGUGUAAACGAGUUUGUAAUACAAAAAAAUGAAAUAUCUACACCUCAUAUAUAUAAUAACAACAAUAUUUGUUUAGAAAAAGAUUAUAAUAAUUAUAAUACCAGUACAAAGGAACAACACUUUUGUGAUUCUAAAAAAAUUAAUGAUCAUGAUGAAAAUUGUAGUUCGCCUAACAAAAAAGGUGGUUGUAAUAAAAUGGAUGAGAGGCAAAAUGAUGAGUACAAAAAGUCUAUAAAUAUGUACAAGCAACAUGAUGAAAGUAAUAAAUAUACUUUGCCUAUAUUAACAUUAAAAAAUAUAGGUAAUAUUCAUAAUUAUAAAAUAACUAGGGAUAUAAUAAAUUAUGUGGAUGUAUUCAUAUUUCGCUACCCUGAUUUUUUCGAUGACGAAGAAAGGAAAAGGAAAGGAGCAAAGAGGAAAAAAAAUGAUAAUAAUAAAAAAAAUGAUGGUAAUAAUAACCCAAAUGAUGGUAAUAAUAACCCAAAUGAUGGUAAUAAUAACCCAAAUGAUGGUAAUAAUAACCCAAAUGAUGGUAAUAAUAACCCAAAUGAUGGUAAUAAUAACCAAAAUGAUGGUAAUAAUAACCAAAAUGAUGAUGAUUAUAAAAACAUUUUCGAUGAAACUAAAAAUAAGACAUCCUUUAAAUUAGUUGAGAAAAACGAACUGGACAAAGAUGAAAUUCUUAGUAUAAUAAUUUAUCUAACUAUUUAUCUUUGUUGUAAAUUAAAUAUAAUGAAAAGAAUAAAAAAUAAAAAUUUCAAUAGAAAAGAUAUGGAAAAAAUAAAAGAAAAAGAUAUAUAUUCUAUCUUCUUUUUUUUAAAUAAUUUAGAUAAACAUGAUAUACAAAAUAUAAAUUUAUUAUUUUUACUUGUAUAUUUCAAUAACUCCUUUUAUGUACAUUUCCAUAAUUUAUUAAACCAGAAGGAAAUAUUUAUAUCCUCUACACACACAAAUAUACAAUCUUUAUUUAUUGAACUUGGUGCAGGCAAAGCAAAUACAACAAGAUGGAUAAAUUUUAUUAUGAACAACUUAGGAGAUAUUUUACAAAAAUAUAAUGUUAAUAAAGGAGAACCAAAAAAUGAUGAUAAAAAAAUGUCUUAUAUUAAUAAUGAUAACAACAAAAAAAAUGAUCAACACAAUAUAUUAUGUACUAAUGAACCAUCUGCUUUAUUACAUCCUAGUCAAGCAGCAUAUGAAAAAUGUAAAAUGUUAAUUAUUGAAAAAGAAUCUCUUAGAAAUAAAAAAGAAAUGAAAGAUUUCUUUAUGCAAAUUGAACACAAUAAUAACGAAAAUAUACUUAGGAUAAGAACAAAUGUAUCAGAUUUUAAUUUAAAUAAAUUUAUACAUUUUAUAAAAGAUAAAAAUGUACAAGAAAACCAUUUCUUAGUACCAGAUAUAAUACAAUUUUAUUAUUAUAAUGAUAUAUAUAAAAAAAUAGAAAAAGAAAAAGGAAAAGAAAAUAAAGAAUUAAACACAAAAGACGAACAAAGUAAAUAUAUUACGCAUAUUAAAAAAUUUAAUAGUGAUAAAACUUCAUUUAUUUCGGAGGAAUUUUUAAAAAAUAAUUUAUUAUGUAUUGAGAGUUACUUGGAUAUUAAUAUGAAAAAGCUUUUCACAGCAUUAACCCAGGGAAAUAAUAACCUUAAGAAGGUGUAUAACAAUGUUAAUAAUUUUUUAAAAGAUUUGGACUUUCAAAAGGUUACAUAUUUAACCAAGCAUUUAUGUGGAAAUGGUAGUGAUUUAGCCCUAAGAAUGUUAGUGAAUAGCGUAAAGGAUAAUGUCGUAGAAAAUUAUUUUAUCUUAGCUCCUUGUUGCCAUCAUAGGUGUGAAGUUAAAAAAAUUGUGGGCUAUAAAUAUUUAAAAGAAUUAAAUAUUGAUAAGAACCUUUUUCAGCACAUGGUGAAUCAUAUGUCUGGAUAUGCUUCUUGUAAUGUCCCAGAAAAAAAGUCCAUUGGAAAAAAAAUAAAACUUGUUAUUGAUCUAUCAAGAAUCCUUUAUCUUUUGGAGGAAGGACUACAAAAUUCGUACUUAAUUAAAUAUGUAAAUAGACACAUAACAUUAGAAAAUUAUGCAAUCGUAUUUUUUAAUCAUCAAAAUUUAAAUUUAACCAACUUCAAAUAUUUCUAA